CAACUUUCAGUACCAUCGGCAUCGCCAAACCUUCUGGUGCACCAUCCAUCCCAGGUGAAAAUCAUGCCUUUGUUAUGAAUUUCAUCAUUGGUAUGUGUCAUCAUUGAUUUCAGAUGGUGGGUUUAUGUUUUUGUUAUAGAUGAAGUCCCCAUUGGAUACCCUUAAGAUUAGCUGUGCCACUUGAGAAUUGAAACUGAUAAGAAUUUGGUAAUUGUUAUUUUUAGCGAUCUAAAUUGUGUAUAUAAUUAAGAGAUGCUAUUUUAGGAACCAAACUUACCCUAGAAGAGCAUUCAACAGUCAAAAGCAGACCCCUAGUCCGAGACGUAACGUACCAAUUAGUCAGCGUUCGACAUUCUGGUGUUUAGUUUAGACCAUUCUCCUCUCUGUCUCUCUCAAAAUCUACUGAAUUUGCGUAAAAUUUCUCGCAAAUUUUCAAUUUUUGCUUCAGUAAACUAGAAUUUCUCUUCCGAAAACCCAAUCUCUCAUUGCAAACAAUGAGCUCAAUUCACCUUUUCCUCAGUAAUUCAAUUUCACCAGCAACAUAUCUCCAUCGUUCAUGUACCCUCCAAAGUGGAAGAUUUUCAAUUCCAUCCAAUUACUUCAAAGUCACUGCAUGUGUUAAUGCGGAAGUGAAAGCACCAGGUUUGGCGAAACUAGGAUUUGGGGCUGUUACUAAGGAGGUGAUGGAGGAUGAAGGGAGGGUUCUCGUGGGGACGUAUGCUAGAACUCCGGUGGUCCUGUCCAGUGGCAAGGGUUGUAAAUUGUAUGACGUUGAAGGGCGAGAGUAUUUGGACUUGACGGCUGGUAUCGCCGUGAACGCGCUCGGGCAUGGUGAUCCUGACUGGAUUAGAGCUGUGACGGAGCAGGCAAAUUUGCUCACGCAUGUUAGCAAUGUUUACUACUCAAUUCCACAGGUGGAGCUUGCAAAACGUCUCGUUGCUUGUUCUUUUGCUGAUCGUGUUUUUUUCUCGAACUCUGGGACAGAAGCAAAUGAAGCUGCUAUUAAAUUUGCUAGAAAAUUUCAGAGAAUUCUGCAUCCUGAAGCGAUUCAUCCACCAACAAAGUUCAUUUCCUUCUCUAACAGCUUCCAUGGGCGGACCUUGGGUGCUCUUGCCUUGACUAGUAAAGAGCAUUACCGAGCACCUUUCGAACCUAUUAUGCCCGGAGUUACUUUCUUAGAAUAUGGAAAUAGUCAAGCUGCAAUAGAACUGAUUCAGAGUGGAACAAUUGCUGCAGUGUUUGUGGAACCUCUCCAGGGUGAAGGAGGCAUAUAUAGUGCAACAAAGGAAUUCUUACAAUCAUUGCGUACUGCCUGUGAUGAUGCUGGGUCUUUACUAGUUUUUGAUGAGGUUCAAUGUGGCUUGGGCCGAACAGGCGAUCUCUGGGCACACGAAGCUUAUGAUGUAUUCCCAGAUAUAAUGACUCUUGCCAAGCCUCUUGCGGGAGGUCUACCCAUUGGAGCCGCACUAGUGACUGAAAGAGUUGCUGCUGCCAUGGAGUUUGGAGACCAUGGAAGCACUUUUGCUGGGGGCCCCCUUGUCUGCAAUGCUGCAGUCGCCGUUCUGGAUAAAAUCACAAAGCCGGGAUUCUUGACCAGCGUCGCCACAAAAGGUAAAUACUUCAAGGACAUAUUGAUGCAGAAAUUGGGAGGAAAUUCACAUGUGAGAGAAGUACGAGGCCUGGGUCUUAUAAUUGGAAUAGAGUUGGAUGUAUCGGCCUCGCCACUUGUGGAUGCUUGCCGGCAGUCUGGUCUUCUAGUACUAACGGCAGGUAAAGGCAACGUUGUUAGGCUUGUGCCGCCACUGAUCAUCUCCGAGCAGGAACUCGACCGUGCAACUGAGAUCUUGCUCAAGUGUUUGCCGGUGCUUGAUGGGUGAGAAACAUACACACAAGUCAUUGUUGCAUCCGACAUUCUAACGGCAAUUGAUGGGUGGGACAAAUUAUAAUUUCAAAAAUCGUAAGUCUUAUGUUAUUGAGCUUCAGGUUUCUGAUUUUGGUUCAAAACUUCAUUCCAGCAUGAUGUAAGAUAUGUUCUUCGAGGUUCUAGAAAAAUAAAUUUACAAACUAGCAAAACUUCUGUUACAUCCAAAGCUGUGUUCUCAAAAUUUGGAAGUUCUUCCAACUAUCCUAUUGUUAUGAUUGCAAAA